AUGGGUAACAUCUGCAGUUGCUGCGGAUGUGGCUCCUCGAGAAAUGCCAACUAUGAACCUCUUCUGCUCGACAACGAGCGAGAUGCUGUAGCCGACCUUCUCCAGUACCUUGAAAACCGAUCCGAGACCAACUUCUUCGCUGGCGACCCGUUGCGAGCUUUAUCCACCCUUUCCUUCAGCGACAAUGUGGACCUGCAGAGAAGCGCCGCCCUCGCCUUUGCCGAGAUCACAGAAAAGGAGGUUCGCGAGGUCGGACGCGACACACUCGAGCCCAUCAUGUUCCUUCUGCAAAGCCACGACGUCGAAGUCCAACGAGCUGCUAGCGCCGCUCUGGGCAACCUUGCUGUUAAUGCCGAGAACAAGCUCCUCAUCGUCAAGCUCGGUGGUCUCGAACCUCUGAUCCGCCAGAUGCUCAGCCCCAACGUCGAAGUGCAGUGCAACGCCGUCGGCUGCAUCACCAACCUUGCCACUCACGACGACAACAAGACCAAGAUUGCAAAGUCCGGCGCAUUGGUGCCGCUCACCCGUCUCGCUCGUUCCAAGGACAUGCGUGUGCAGCGUAACGCAACCGGUGCUCUUCUCAACAUGACACACAGCGACGAGAACCGUCAGCAGCUUGUCAAUGCUGGUGCCAUCCCCGUCCUUGUUGGUCUGCUCGGAAGCUCCGACACUGACGUUCAGUAUUACUGCACCACCGCCCUCAGCAACAUUGCCGUCGACGCCGCCAACCGUAAGAAGCUCGCUCAGACCGAACCCCGCCUUGUCCAGAACCUCAUCGGCCUCAUGGAGAGCAGCUCGCUCAAGGUGCAGUGCCAGUCUGCCCUUGCCCUUCGUAACCUUGCAUCGGACGAAAAGUACCAAAUCGAGAUUGUUCGCUCGAACGGCUUGCCUCCUCUACUCCGAUUGCUGCGAUCCUCGUUCCUGCCUCUCAUCCUCUCCGCUGCUGCUUGUGUCCGCAACGUUUCGAUCCACCCUGCCAACGAGUCGCCCAUCAUUGACGCCGGUUUCCUCCACCCGCUCAUCGACCUGCUCAGCCACGAAGACAACGAAGAAAUCCAAUGCCACGCCAUCAGCACACUCCGCAACCUUGCUGCUUCCAGUGAACGCAACAAGACCGCCAUUGUCGAGGCAGGUGCUGUCGAGCGCAUCAAGGAGCUCGUGCUGAACGUUCCUCUCAGCGUACAGAGCGAGAUGACUGCAUGUGCUGCCGUCCUCGCGCUUUCCGAAGACCUCAAGCCACAGCUCCUCGAGAUGGGUAUUUGCGAGGUGCUCAUCCCCUUGACUGCUUCGUCUUCGGUUGAAGUUCAGGGCAACUCGGCAGCAGCGCUCGGCAACCUUUCAUCCAAGUCAGACGACUACGGUCCUUUCAACGCUGUCUGGUCGCAGCCCGAGGGUGGUCUGCAUGGCUAUUUGAUCCGAUUCCUCGAGUCGCAGGAUUCCACUUUCCAGCACAUUGCAGUAUGGACCAUCGUGCAGUUGUUGGAGAGCGGUGAUGCACAGCUCGAGGAGCACAUAAGGAGUUCAGAGCAAUUGUUGCCACUCAUCCAGCACCUUGCCUCGCUGUCGGCUGACCACAGCGCGGAGGACGUCAGGACUGAGGGCUCCGAUGACGGUGCAUCGGCAGAAGGCGAGAUUUCUUCCCUUGCCAGACGCAUUCAGGAGAUGAUCAAUGAGCCGCAGCAGUAA